CGCAUAUGAUUCCUGUGAUCGAGUUCGUUAGAAAUAAUCAAUAAUUUCAAUAUCGAUCGGUAUUCGUCAUUACAUUAUAGCCGAGGUAGGAUGAUAGGUACCUCGUGAUAUUUUGGAUAGUCUGCUCGAGCUACAAUAAAACAAUGGCUGAAGCCAGUGAGGCAGCUACAGUAAAUAUAGAAUUGAACGACGAAGUAAAAAUAGAUCAUGAUCAAACGGCACAACAGGGGACACAACCAGAUGAUUUUGUAGCUGAUGAAGACGGAACCGAGGAGUUACCGCCCUUGACAUAUAAAGAUUUUGUACCAGAAUGUUUAGGGGUAACAAUUGAAGGAAAAGAACCUGAUUAUGCUGAGUUUAGCACUGUGAUAGAGCAGGCUAACCAGUGGUUGCAGACAGUGCCCCAGUUUACUGUGUUCAAAUGUGAGACGAUCUCUGUCAAGCUGGGAGCUGAUUUUGUUGUUGAAAACGAUGUUACCCUCUCCCACCAAUCAUCCAAUGGUAGAAAUGUCUACUUGAGAAUUCUGAGGGUGUGGCUGAUUAAAAAACAGGAUCUGGAAUCUCCUGUUCAACAGCUGGGGUACAUCACAGUACUGCCAGAGCACAGUUCAGGCGACUUGACCACUUACCUAAACUCCCUCGCCACCUCCGCAGCCAACAAACAGCUUGUGGACCUCAUGAUCCCAUCCUUUGACAACAUUAAACAGACUCUGGAGAAAAUCAACAGGCACCUGUUAUCCAAACCUAUACCAGGUCAAAUUUUGAACAUGGAGACCUUAGUAUUGAAGUGCCAAGAGGCAAGUACCACUGAUAAACUCGACACAGAAAAAGCCACAUACACUGAAGGGGGAGGAAACUCAAAACUUUUUCUGUAUGGGUUCAGGAUCUUUUAUGUUGUAGGGAAACCUAGUCUGGAGACAGUUGGUUUCUAUGAUGAGCAGCCAGAUAUAUUCCAAACUAAAGAAGACUUUGGACUAAAAAUCAAGUUUGCCACUUUCAACCAGACAUUGGCAAAGGCUGCCAAGUGGCUAAAAAAACAAAAAGGUAUCCGAGUCACAAACAUUCAGUCAGUGACCGUCAAGUUGGACCGGAAUAAAUGUGGAUCGGGUCCCUGGAGUCUAGAGACCACUGUACCUGGCUAUACAGAAAACCAGAGCCUUGUUGAGUCCCGCUACACAAAAAUCAUCCGCAUUUAUUACGUAAAUGAUCCGAAAACCAAACAAACAGCUCGCUAUGCUGAUGUCACAAUGGCAUCUAGGCUAUUUAUUCCACAAAGAAUUGAAGGCCGAAUGUUUGAAGGGUUCUCAAAAACUCUAACCAGAACCAUCAAGUGGCUUCAUAAAACAGGCCUUCCCUUGUUUGCCUGUGAAACUGUAAAAUACCACUUGACCAAUGACAGUGAGGGUCAAGGGUUCAAUGAUGAGAGGCUGGACUACAUGGUCAACACCUACCAUGGACAGCUUUACAUCAGCUGUAUCAGACUUUACUUCCCAUGCACAUUUGAGGAGCCACCACCUGACAAGGCUGAUGGUGAAGACUUAGGCUGGGGGUGGGGCUGGGCUUGUGUCGUCUCAUAAACAUGUUUGUCUUUAAUUUAUUGUUUCGUUUUAAUGCUCCAUUUUUUAAAAUCACACACCUAAACAUGUUUGUCUUUAAUUUAUUGUUUCGUUUUAAUACUCCAUUUUUUAAAAUCAUACACCUAUCUUGGGCUUAUGUCAUAUUCACAUCAUCUGGUUUUUCUAAGUUUCAAAAUAUUAGAAACAAUGUUGUUCAUUCCGGCAUUUGUAUUGUUUUUUUUUCUGACUUUUUAAAAAAUAAUAUUUUACAUUUCUAAAACUUAUUGAACCAAGACUUUUUUUUUCUGAAAUUAAUAAAAAAAUAUAUUUGUCUACCAAUUCAAUAGGAAUUACAUAAGGUUUUCUAGUUUCUAGUAUUGGUUUGCAGUAGGUUCUUUUCCAUCGAAAGCUUAAAUAGUAAUAAUUCUAACUGAAUUUUUGUUGUUUUGACUUUUCUUCUUAAAAUUAGUUAUUAAAGCCAUGAUAGCAGCAUUAAACCAAGUCCCAAUGGGGAAAAUAGACUAUAAAGAUUUCUUUUAAUAAGGAUGACAAAUUGUAUGUAGGCUAUUAUCUAGCACUUGGCUUUUAAAUUGUGGGUUUUUAUUUUCUACAUAAUUUAUUAAUACACUAAUUGCAUCAAAGAAAAGAUUAUAGAAUAUGCUUUAAAUCGCUGGGUUUAUAUUUCAUAAAGAAUAUAUUUACACUUUUGAAAGGAUUUAUUAUUUAAAC